UACAUACCAUUUACCCUUGCUUGGUGUGCACCAAUAAGGAAAACCAAACGAGACAUUUAAUUACAUCACGCGCCCCUUUUAUGCCCCCGAAUAUUACAGCACUGCUCUCAACGACCAAUCAAACGUAGAGACCAUAUGCGCGCGCAUAUCUAUGAUUUUUCGAAUGAGCGCAAGUCGACAACGAAGGAGUUAGUAAUUCACAACUUGCGUGUCAGUUCAGGUGUGCUUGUCAUGCGGUGCAUUGUACGUUACAAAUUAUUCUCGCACGACACAUGAGAACAAUUUAUCUUUUUGAUUAAAGAAUAAUUCAUAUAUGCCAAGAAAGAAAUAGGAUAUUCCGUUGAAGUCAAAUCGCAGAGUUACUCGGUUAGGGGGCCGUCUUCUUAUCUACCCUUCGUGAUCAGAAUUCAUCUACAUACCAAGCGUAAACGCGACGUAAAGUACGCGAAACGAAUGUUACGUGCAUUUAACUUCUGCCCAACUACUUCAUUCCUAACACUCCGUGAUAUAUGACCAUACAAAUUGUUACCCCUAUACCUAUGGUGUACCAUAAUUUUUAUCGUUACUACCACAUUACCGACAUCUGUAUACGAUUAUUAUAUGUAUGUAUACUGUACCACCAUUUAACCUCUUACACUUGACCCACUUCUGCCCACUGCCCACUUGGCAUGCGUGGGUAUUCAUGAUAUUUGGAGAAAGAUGUAGAUAUCUUUAACUUAAAUUCAUAAUGUAAACACUUAUCGGAAUAGAUUCAAGCUUAUUUUGUACUAUUUGUAGAUACAUGAUAAAUAUUAGGUUUACAAGUCAUAUAUCAAAGUAAUUACUAUGAACUUGUCUCUAUUAAAAUUAAUGAACGAAAUUAUGUUAUCAUUCAUUUUAUUACUACUUCUACUCUGCUAUUAGAAUCAUUAGAUGUAAUAAUAUCCACGUGUUCUUAUAUUACAAGUCUUAGUUACCAGAAGUCCUUAUUGCAUCUUGCAAUCCAUAAAUAAUAAAAUUCGAAUAUUUUUUACUGAAAUAUAUCAACUUUUUAUCUAUAGUCGGUACAAAGAAACGUGUGCGUGGUCAGACACGCCACAAUUUGGGAUGAUUCAACAAACUGGGUUCAAGGGCAACACACACAUUCCUCCGACACACGAAUGGAAUACUUAACGAGCAAAGAAAAAAAGUAACGUGCUCCUGAAAAGCACGAUAUUUAGUGGCGUCACUAGAACGAUAUCGAAAUUGUACAAAAGGAAAUCAAUGGAAUUUAUGAUAAGAAUCAGAGACUCUCUCAAGGAUGAAUCAAUUGAUUUUCUAACUUGUUAUACUAACCUAACUUCAAUUGCUUUUUUUAAUUUUUGAUAUUGAAAUUAUUUUAAUUCUUUGAUCCAUUUUUUAAAUAAAUCUGUAAAAUAAGAUAAUCUUUUAUGUAGAAUUUAGGUAUUUUUACUACUCAAUUAAAAAUGUAUUUAUUACUUAAAAAAUUAAUCUAAUAUUAGAACAGAAUAUAAGGAAUAGUUUAAUUUGAGGGGACGUUAGGAUCACUCUUUGUCGGUUGAGUAAUCCUGAUGGUAAAUUAAAGUAAUAUAAAAAUUUUUGAAUGUAAAAAAAAUUAGGAUCCAGUUCCAUAAAUUGAAAUAGAUUAAGAUUUUGGAAAGGAUUAGCAUUUGGAAGGGUUACUUUUUCAAAUGAAAAAUUAAUGGGAAGGAGAGGGAAAAAAGGAAGCUGGAGAUCUGAAACGAAUUUCUUUUAUUUCCAGAUGUCCGAGUCCGUGAAAGUGGCCGUGAGAUGUCGGCCGAUGAACGCGCGAGAACUGCAACAGGGAUGCAGGAACGUAAUAACGAUCGACUCACCGUCGAAAUGCUGCACCCUGGAGGGUCCAACCGGUGGUACCGGAAGCGGCAAGGUGUACCAGUUCGACGCAGCCAUCGGACCGGAAGCCAGCACGGAGACCGUGUACGAGAACGUGGGCUCCGUGAUCGUGGAGGCUGUUCUCGACGGUUACAACGGGACGGUGUUCGCGUACGGUCAGACGGGCUGCGGGAAGUCUCACACGAUGCGAGGGUUCAUAGAACGCACCUUGGACCACAUCUUCGAGGCGACGUCGACGGCCAGCUCGGAGAUGAGGUACCUGGCGCUGCUGAGUUAUCUGGAGAUCUACAACGAGCGACUGAGAGACCUGCUCCAAGACGGCAUCGGCGACCUUCUGACACUGAAGGAGGAUCCUAGCCGAGGGACUUACGUGGCUGGUGGUUUGAGAGAGGUUACCGUUAAGGAUGCCGCUGAAUGCGCCCGUCUGGUGGAACAGGGCGACAGAAGAAGAGCUGCCGCGGCUACGAAAAUGAACGCUGCCAGUUCGAGAAGUCAUGCUGUACUUACAUUGUCCUUGGAGACGUUGGCUAUUAACGACGACAGCAAGACGGAGAACACGGUGAAGAGGGGUAGAUUGCACCUGGUGGAUCUGGCCGGGUCCGAGAGGCAAGCGAGGACCGGGGCCACUGGUGAUCGUCUGAAAGAAGCAGCCAGUAUUAAUUUGAGUCUUUCGGCGCUGGGGAAUGUAAUUAGCGCUUUGGCGGCUGGCCAAGGAAGACACGUGCCCUAUAGAGACAGCAAGCUGACAAGACUCCUAAGGGACAGUCUGGGCGGCAACGCGAGAACCCUGAUGAUUGCCUGCGUAAGUCCCAGCGACGCCGACGCCGAAGAGACGCUGAGCACCCUGCGAUACGCGGCCAGAGCGCGAUGCAUAAAAAACAAGCCUGUGAUCAACGAGGACCCGAAGGACGCUCUGCUAAGACAGUAUCAAUUAGAAUUGCAACGAUUAAAGAAGAUGCUCGAAUCGAACGAUCAAACGAUCGUCAAAGAGAUAAUCUCCUCCGUGAAGGAUGAAACCGACGACGAGGAGACCAGGAUGCAGAGGGAAGAGGUCGAAUACGCGGAAGAGGUCGAGAGGCUCAAGAAAGAAUGCGAAGAUUCUAAUCUAUCCGCUCAGAAGCUCCGAGAGGAACUGGAGGCGCUUAAGAUCCAUUACGAAGCUGGUGCAAUUAAGACUAUCAGCCCCAAGCCUGUUCCUCCGACUUCGAUGGACGAGCAGGACCUGGAACGAGAGGAGCGACGAAGAAAGAAACGGGAAGCAGCGAUGCAAGAGGUGCUGAAGAGGUUGGAGAAGCUGACCAUCGGCGGAGAGGAACAAGGGAACACGGAACUGAGAAGAAGAAGAGAGAAGAGGAGGAAGAAACUUGAAGCUCUUGCUUCGGCUUUGGAGUCCAGCGCCCAGGAGGGCAAUGGAAGUGUCUUCCAAGUCUAUGGGCAACUUAGGUCAACGGAGGACGCUUUGAAGCGGAUGGCGAAGCGUGUGAAGCAACUGGAAGCGGAAGCCGCCGAUCUCCAAGCUUCCUGGGACGCUGAACGACGCGAUCUUUUACGAAGAGAAUUACUCACCUCGCAAAUAUGCGACUCGAUGGUUCCUCAUCUUCGACCGGGUUGUCCAUUGCGCGACGUCGCUGCUGUUAGAGCAGCUGCCACUUGGUGCGACGAAUUGGGACGUUGGAGGUUACCGGAUGUCUCCCUGCACAUACCGCUUCCGCCACCUUCCUUGGUACCAAAGGAUAAUACGCCUUACACCAUUGUGCCUUCCAAGCCUGAUCUUAAUAACAAUAGUAAGAAUAACGAGGAUGAGAUUGGGAAUGAGGCUGAUAACGAGGAAAGCAGCGAGCAGGAGGAUACCAAGAAAUUGGAUAUUGUGGACACGUACUUCCGGCGGAGUAGAAUUGACAAGUUAUUGGCUCAUGUUAGGCAAGCAAAGACUUUCGAGCCAAGUAAUCGCAUCAGUAAGUCAGGUGGUUCUGAAGAUUGCAUACCAAUCGGUGCUGGUCAUCUCCAAUUGAACGCUUUAAAUCUGCAAACAAGCACACCGGUAAUUGGCGAAAUGGAUAAUUACAAACCUAGCCAAAAUCUACCAACCGGUAGAACUAGUCGUCCUGGUUGGAUGGCAGAAGAAAACUCGCUCAACAAAGGUUCCUUUCUCAACCAAACGGUGAAGAAACAUCCACCUCGUAUUUUAGAGGCGUUGCCUUCGUAUCCUCAAAGUGCCCUGAAAUUUGAUAAUAAAUCAAUAUCAGACAGGAUUUCUGAUAAGAUAUCGUCGAGGUUUAACGAAGUGGCUGAUAAUCGUUCGAUGGUUGGACAAACUGGUUCCCCUAUGUAUUGAAAUUGAAGACAUCAGAGAUGAUGAUGAUUGGGAACAGUGAAUUAGAAUGAUGAUUGGAAGAUGUUUAUGAGAAAUUAUAAAAGGACCAUUGACAAAUAUCUUUCGCAAGGAUAAUCAGGUAAUAAAUGACCAUCGUGUCAUCAAGGUUUCCCGGUUUGGCCAACGACUACACUGUUUUCUCAACGUGAGAAGAUUGCAAUCUGACCAACAACUGUCUUCUCAGGGAAUUAACAUUUUUAGUUAAUCAAUCUCUUCGGGAAACGUUUGAUCUUGUAAUUCUACAUUCAUCGUGAACGUGUUUCGAACACUUUAUCCGUGGAGCAUUUUAAUUUCUAUCAACAUGUAAUUCUUGAUUUUAUAAACUUAGAAUUGUUUUGUAAUUUUCAAACAAUCAUUAUUUAAAAUUUAUGAA